UUCUUUUUUUUUUUUCUUCUUUUCUUCUCUCUUCUUCUUCUUCUCCUUCAAUCUUUCUCUUUCUCUUCUUUUCGUGCCGCCCAACACUCUCUUUGUCAAACCAUCAAAUACACAUAGCCAAUACCAUAACGGACACGUUUAGCUCCUCGUAGCUCCUGUUGCCAAUGUGUUGCCCCAUAAAGUAAACAAAAGAAGAAACAUUGUAAAGCACAGGAUUCCCAAUUACCCUUUGUUUUUCUUUUUCUUUUGUUUCCACAAUCAUAUCUGGGACUGGAUUGAUCUGUGGGGUUUAUUUUGAUUCAUGUUGAGGUACGUUUAAGCUGGAAUUGUGAUAAAUUUCCAAUUUUUUUUCUUCUUCUUUUUGUGGGAACUGGUGUUGGUGGAUCAUUGGAUCUUAUUUGGGUACCCUUUUGUUUGUUUAUGCUUGAUCAAUCAAACCAGGAUUUAAUUAGAGGGAGGGUUAUCCAAGGAGAGAGAGAGAGAGAAAGAGAGAGAGAGAGAGGAAGAGGAAGAUGGGAUCAGAAAUUGGAAUCAAAAUAAGGAAAGUUGUUGUCAUUUCAAUUAGAGGUGGUUACAGAUCAGUUUGCAACCAUCCAUUCCUUGUGGGGUUUUUUGGUUUCUUGCUUCUGUUGUACAGAUCGUUUCCUUUUCUGUUUUCUGUUUUGGUCUCCGCUUCCCCUGUCUUGGUCUGCACUGCUAUUCUGCUUGGAACCCUUCUCAGUUUUGGGCAGCCAAAUGUGCCUGAAGUUGAGAGAGAAGAGAAAGUUACUCAUGACAUUUCAUCCUUCCAAGCCGGGUUUUCGGAGGGUGACACUAUUUUUGCUGACAGAGAUGAGAGCUAUUUUGUGAAGGGUUAUUCAGAAAAUAGGAGUGAUGUAGAAGAGAGGGGCAUUGAGGAAGCAAGUUUGGCUAGUGAGAAGGAUAAUAAGGCCGAAGAUGAUCGUGGCUUGCUUCGUGACUUGCCUCCGGAUGAUGAAAACACACCGGAUAUUCAGCCUGAGAAGCAAGAAAUAAGGGAAGUGGAAAGGGAAAGGGAAUUGCAUAGUUUUGAGUUGGGAAAGAACAGGGAAGUUCAUGAGGAGAACCAGACGUCUGGAGCUGUUUCAAGUGAUGAUGAAGCUAUUGAGAAACAAUAUGUCAUGGUUCAAAAAGUGGAAGAUGAUAUUGUUGAAAUUGAAAAUGAGAAAACUCAUGGAGAUCAUGCAGACUUUUCUGCCAGCUCAUCUUGGAAACAGGUGGAAAACGAUGAUGAGGAUGAUUCAGUGGAGUCAGGUUCUGAUGGGGCUGAGAGCUCUUCACCAGAUGCUUCCAUGGCUGACAUCAUUCCAAUGCUUGAUGAACUCCACCCACUACUAGACCUAGAUGCCCCACAGCCGGCUCAGGUGUCCCGUGAUGAUUCUGAUGCUGCAUCUGAGAGGUCUCAGAAAAGUGACGAUGACAGUGUCGAAUCAGACGAUGAUACAGAAAACAACUGUGAUGCUGGAGAUGACGAUGGUAUUGACGAACAUGAUGAUGAAGAGGAAGAAGAAGUGGCAGGUGGCAAAGAUGAUGAAAGUAAAUCUGCUAUUAAGUGGACAGAGGAUGACCAAAAGAAUCUCAUGGAUCUGGGAAAUUUAGAGCUGGAAAGGAAUAAGCGGUUGGAGAAUCUUAUUGCUAGGAGAAGAGCAAGGAGGUUGAUGCAUGAGAAGAAUCUAAUAGACUUAGAUUGUGCUGAUAUUCCCUGUAAUGUUGCACCUAUUGCUACUACCAGACGGAACCCAUUUGAUUUCCUAGAUGACUCCUAUGUUGCUAUGGGAUUACCACCCAUUCCUGGAUCUGCUCCUUCUAUUCUACAGCCUAGACGAAACCCUUUUGAUAUUCCAUAUGACUCGAAUGAAGAAAAACCUGAUCUUAAGGGGGACAGUUUUCAACAAGAGUUCACAGGAUUUCAUCAAAAAGAUGCCAUCUUUCGGCGGCACGAAAGUUUCAGCUUGGGACCAUCAGUGUUGGGGUUAUCCAAGCAAGAAAGGUAUGAUUGGAAACCUGUCUUUAUAUCUGAAAGGAUGGCUUCAGAGGGAACAAGCUAUUCAUUCCAGAGGCAAUCAAGUGAAGCAAGUGAUUCAAAGUUGAGUUCUGUUCCAGAUACUGAAUCUGUAAGUUCAAUUGAUCAGGAUGACAGGAAAUUCAGUGAGCAAGACUUGUCUCAAGAAACUGAAUUAAUGUCUAACGUUGAUCAUGCUUCUAUUGCUGUUGAACAUGGAAGCCAAUCCUCUGAAGAAAAUGAUUCUGUGGAGAUGAUACAAGUUGAGGAGAGCAAUGUUCGUCAUGAUGAAGUUGAAAUAGUGCUGGGUGGGGUGGAAGAUCCUUCUGAGAUGGAAUUCUAUACCGAAACAGGAGAGGUUGAAAUCCAUGGACAAUUUAAUGCAGGGGAAACACAUUUGAGAAGAGAACCAAGUGAUGGGGAAAGUGGCAGCAGCAGAAGAUCAAGCCAUUCUUCGCUAUCUGAAGUAAUUGACGGCAUACCGGAUGAGAAAAUGGAAAAAACAGAAAAUUUGCAGCAAGGAGAUGAUCAUCACUCUGAAUCUAGAAUUUCAACACAAGCUUCAGUGGAGGAAUCAAAUUUCCAGCAUUUAAGUGGUGAGGUGGAAGACAAUAACCACAGAGAACCUGUUUAUGAUACUAGUCCACAGGCUUCUGAAACACUCCAAUCGAAUCCUUCAAUAUCUUCUCUUGAUUCUGCUAUGGAGUUUUCUGAGAGAGCAUUGCCUCCUGCUUCGGUAGAAACAACCACUAAUAUUGUAGAUAAGCAGUCUAAUCACAGACUGGAAGGUAAUACUUCUGGUCAUGAACAAACUCAAGCAGACUCUUCCGAACUAUGUGUGGAAGCUAAAAAUGAAUUGAGUUCUGAGAAAUCUGUUGAUAUAAAUUAUGUUACUGAAAAUGUGUUAUCUGCAGUUGCCCCAAAUUUUGUUGAUCAGAAUGAAUCUACAAUGGCUGAGCCUCAGGUUGUCCCUGUUUCUGUGGAAUCAAAUUUGUCUUCAGAUAUUGGAUCAGUAAAGGAUGUGACUGAUUCAGGCUUAGUUCAUGGACAGGAUCUAGCCAACAACAUUCGUGCUGAUUCUGAAAUUCUUCAUCAAGAAAAUGUAGAUUCUUCAGAUUCAAAUUAUCAAAUGGAUUCUGAAUCUGUGGAGGAAGGUGCUCUGUGCAAUGAAUCUGUGGAGGAAGGUGCUCUGUGCAAUGAAGUAUCAAGAUUUGAUAACGCAAAUUUGUCUGCAUCAGUCCAAGAUGCAGCUGAAAUGCUGGAUUCGGUGGCUUCUGAUGCCCACCACAUUUCUUCUAAUGGUUCAUCCAUGCCUGCAGCACAGGAUUUACAGUUUUCACUAGCAGCAGGGCAAGCACCAGUGGUUCAUCCAAAUCUGCAUUCUGAAGAAACUGAACAGAUAGAGAAAAUUUCAUCAGAUAAUAACGAUGGCAUGCUUCAGAUUCAACAGGAUGAAGUCUUGUCAAGUUCUGUGGAGCAAAGUAAACGUGAUAUCCACCAAGAUUUGGAUAAGAAUACAGUUGCCUUCACUUCCGACAGUCAACAUGAAAUUGAUGUGAAGUCUCCCUCUAACUUGGAGAAUCAUCUUUCAAGCUCCGAUAAAUCAGUGGUUGCACAAUCUUCUAGUGAUCAUGAUGAAAGUCAGAGUUCCAAUACUAUCCAGGUUGAAUCUGCACAUGGAUCUGGCACCUCCAAUGAUCAAGUUGGAGAAUUGCAUGAUGCAGCUGACAAAGUUCCCCCAAGCAUUCCUUCUGUUACCUCUGAAAAUUAUGAGUCUCCAGAUCUCGGGUCACCCACUGGUGAAGUGCAUUUGGAAGUUAAUAGGCACAGGGAAGUUGAAGACGAAGACCAAAAUGAAGUACUAAAAACUGCAGUUGCUUCAGAAGAUGGCUCCAUGUCUCAGGUUACUGAAGAAAAUGUUGAUGAAUUUGAUGAUAUGAAGGAAAUUGAUGAAGGAUUCUUGUCCGAAUUGGACACUGUCGGAGACUUCAGUGUGAUUGAUGCUGGUGUAUCACUUCAUACUGAUGAUGAACACGAGAAAACUAGAGAUGCUCAACUUAGUUCACUCCCUAAAGAUGUAAAAACAGAAGAGGUCGAGCAGGACAUUCCAGUUCUUGAAGCAAGAUCUCUUGAAGAUAUUGACUUGGCUUUUAAGCAACUUCAAGAAGGAGUGGAUGUUAAAGAGGUCAUCCUUCCAAGUACAAUUAAGGAUCAGCAUGUUAGUGAAGAAUCAAAAGAUCAUCCGAAACUUAAAUCAGAUCUUCAAGUUGUUGAAGCCAGAUCUCUAGAAGAUAUCAACAUUGCUUUAAAGCAAGUCUCUGAAGGUAAUAGAGGGGAGCUGCCAAAUUCUAUGGAUUUAAAAGACACUUCAGUCAAAGUAGAAGAAAACGAAGUUGGCUCAGCAAAGGUGAAUGAAUCAUUUGAUGUAGCAACCAGUUCUGAGGAAAUGAGCAGAACUCCAGUGGAUAAAUUGGAAAAUGUACCCAAAAGUGGCUCCAGUAAUGAGGCCAAAUCUCACAGUAGGAAAUCUAGUUCCAGUUCCAGCUCCAGCUCCAGCUCAAGCGAUUCUGAUUGAUGCUGAGACACUUUGAGCAAGCAGAAAGAGUUGUAAGGUUCUCAUUUAUGUUUUUUACUUUUUUCGUCAGUGAUGGGAAUUUGGGUAUCUAAUCUAGCCUUGCCACCAAUCAUGUCUUGGCUAAUGGUAGUCAGGCCAGGUUUCUUAAAUUUUGCUGGAUUGGUUUCUUCAAGAAUGAGUUUUUGGUUUUAUUUCUUGAAGCGUGCAGUUUUUUGUUCAAUUUUACCCGAGUGUGAGCUAUUUGGCAUAUAUAGAGUGAGAGUUUUGUUUCCAACAAGUGCACAUUGUGUAGUCCAAAAAAAAGAAAAGAAAUUGGAUUAUUGUACAUUAUACAUUGAUUGUAGAAAUGGUGAUUGGACUUUGUUUAUGCGUAUACAGCAAGCAGUUGUGCUAUUUUUCUUUUCUUUUUCUUCGCCUUUACAUCAAUAAUUAUAAUCUUUUUUGUUCA